UGCCCGCGCCUGGGAAUACUGAAGCGUGCGCUGGAUGCGAUCUGGACCGGUGACACGCAUCGUUUCCCGCAGCAUGCCUUCACGGACAUCCGUGACACUGUCCUCCGGUUCAUAAUCGAUACUGUCGCCGUGUUCUGCUUAUUGAGCGCUGCGAGAAGACAAACUCAGCAUAACCGCUGCAAUGUAACGGAUCAGCGCAUUUAUUCAGAAAGUCAAAACAAUUACGCGGAUUAAAACGCCUCAGGACGCGAUGAAGAGAAAGCGAUAACUAUGAAGUUCAUUGGCCAUGUCUAAGGUUGCAGUAAAGAAGCUGCACUGGCGCUCUAAAGUGCAGGAGAUCUUUGUACCAUUGGUGGGCAGCUCUGGAGAGCUGGGAAUUGCCAUCGGAGGUGGGGCUGAUUAUGGAGAGUUCCCGUUCGUCACUGCUGCACCAGGGGGAGGGAUCACAGUUGGCGAUAUCAUCUUAGAAAUUGGGGGAACUCCUGUUCUGGGCCUGACUUUAGGAGAUGUGCGUGGGCUCUUAAACUCCUGCCCCCAUCCAAUCCGCAUCAAGACAGUGUCUCCAGGCUCAACUCUAUGCAAGGAUCUAAGGUUAUACCUGAGCAAAUGUUUCACACCGGGUUCAAUGGACAGUCAACUCCAGCAGGUGAUCCGAGAAAACCUCUACUUGAGAGCUGUGCCCUGUACGACUAGACAGCCACGAGACGGCGAGAUCACGGGAGUCGACUAUAACUUUGUCUCCGUUGAGGAGUUCUUCUCGCUGGAGGAGUCGGGGGCGCUGUUGGAGAGCGGAAAGUUCAAAGGGAACUACUACGGAACCCCUCGUCCGGUUCACAUCAAUCCUGAUAGUCCUCCCAUCACCUACCAGGAGCACCGCAACCUGCUGAGAAACUUCCGCACACGUAGCAAGUCCCUCAGCAACCUGGAGAAAGCAGGCGAGGAGGGCGACAACAGCGAGGAGGACUCAGGUCUAUCAGGUGGUUCGGCCGGGGCGAGCAGUGCCCCCGCCCCCACAUCAUCCCCCAGCCAAUCACGAGAUUCAAGCGGAGGAGACGGCAGUGCCUUGGAGAAUGGGCUCGGACCCCGUAGAGGAGCACGGGUGACAGGGUCGGAAAACUGGGAGAUGAUGUACAGCGACUCAGGGAAUGCCUAUUACAAAGACCAUCAUCUAAAGCCAUCCUAUUGGCUUAAUCGCCGAGCUCACAGCAGAGACAAUGUCUGUAUGACUGAAUUGGCAGAGUUUACAGACCAGCCGAGUGAACUGAAAGGCUUCUCCGUUCACACUCGUCUGGUUAAGGGUUCACGAGGGUUCGGCUUCAACAUAGUGGGAGGCAGCAGGCGGAGGGAGUUCCUGCAGAUCUACAGCAUCACUCCCGGAGGACCUUCCACCCUUCACACAGCGGACAUUCUGGUGUACAUCAAUGAUACCUGUGUGCUCGGUUUCUCACACAAAGACGUAGUGGAAAUGUUGAAAGCCAUUCCGGUGGGUCACACUGUGGAUGUUGUUGUCCGAAGAGGCUACCCCAUGCUCUAUAACUCUGACGGCUGUCCUAAGAUGCCCAAUCCUAGGCUAACGGCAUCCCACGACCAGUCACUGCAUCUACCUCCACCAACCACCACCCAACCCCAGCCCCAGCCUCCUCUCCCGUACGCUCAGCCACACCACAACGGGCUUAUGUGGUCUGAUUUUGAGAGGGGAUCCUCAAGAAAUCUCAGAGUACGGGCAUCAAGGUUCAGUUUGGAUGCUAAUGGUAAUUCAUCACCAUUUGCUUCUCCUCCAAGACAGCCAUCGUCAUACCAAUACUCUAACGGGUAUGGGAGUGGAUUCCUGAGACCACCACGCUCUGCCAGAAGCAUCAGGAGGUUACAGAGUUCAGAACUGGCCAGCCAGAGUGACAGCGAGGUGGUGUCUGCAAUUGGAUCCCAUAGGGCCUCGUUUAUCCGUAACCACAACAACAACUCUCUGUCCACUCCGCCACCUCUCCGCCUGCACUCCUUCAAAUCUUCUGAGAGUGACCUUUCCUCCAGUACUCCACCGCCCAUAUCGCGAUUGCCCCUACCCCACAAUGAAGUAAGUCCAGGCCCCAUCGCUUUCUCUCCUGGAGGUGGAAGACGCUACUCCCAUUUACGCAAACCCCAGCAUUCACUGCUCACCCCACCUAGCAGCGCCCAUUCUGACGGGCCUUAUUUCACCUUCAACGGCACAGCCAGUGCCAGCAGCGGCAGCCCGAACAGCAGCAUUCCUUCACCCGGAGCCAUGAGCGCUGUGAUCGGCAGUGGAAUUGGAGGAAUGGCUGCAAGUGGGGAAUUAGUUCCUGUUGCUUUGGCUAAAUGUGAGAGGGGCAGCAAUAUGGGGUUCAGUGUCACGGCGGGAGGUCACGGAGGAAGACAGACCCUCGUGAAGAAAGUCUGGGAGCACAGACAGUGUAAUGGAUUGCAGUCUGGAGAUGCCAUUGUGAAGAUCAAUGGAGCCGAUGUACAGAGUCUCAGCUUUGCACAGGUCCAAAGGAUUUUGCAAGAACAUACUAAAAAGGGAGAGGUUAUUCUUCUGGUUUAUAGAGGGGGCCCCUCGCAUUUCUCCAUUUCGCCUAACUCUGUGCGACGACUGACUCCUCCCCCUCCUCGCUCCGCCUCCGAUUCCGAAGUCCCUCUUACUGACUCCAUGCCAUUAUCGCGCAGCUCUUUAACCCCACCCUCUCCAGCGCUGGUGCGCUCCUCAUUGGUCCAGAGCACCAGCUUCCUGGAUUCUGUUCCCGUCACUCUCACAUUGGAGCCACGCGAUUGGAUGAGUUCAGAGGAAGGCGGGACGGUGCUCAGUCCCAGAGUAAAAACAGAGGAGAAAGAACAGCCCCCAGUCUUGAGAGGAUAUGAGGUGGAGCUAAAGAGGAAGCCAGGUGAAGGCUUUGGAUUUGUUAUCGCCUCUCAGGAUGUGGAGAAUGUCAAAGCAGCGUCUCUGCUGCCGCACAGGUUUGUGACGGUACGCAGAGGCAGCCCGGCGGCACGCAGCGGUCAGAUCAGGCCUGGAGAUCGUCUGGAGGCGGUGGAUGGGAGAUCAGUAGUGAAUUUACCUCACAGAGAGCUGGCACAGAUACUGAGGAGAGCUGGAAAUACACUCCGCUUGACCAUUGUACCUCGCGCCAGUGCUCAUUCCACAGAGCGAGCAGAAAAUGACACUGAUUAUAAGAACAGGAAAGCUCACAGGUCAAAACCAAAGCAGGAUGCCACGCGGUACUACAGUGUGGAACUGGAGAGGGGUCCCACUGGAUUCGGCUUCAGUCUGAGAGGAGGGAGUGAAUAUAACAUGGGCCUCUAUGUGCUGGGGCUGAUGGAAGGAGGACCAGCUUCACGCAGCCACAAAAUACAGGUGAGUGAUCAGUUGGUGGAGAUCAAUGGAGACAGUACAGCAGGAAUGACUCACAGUCAGGCUGUGGAGCAGAUCAGGACUGGAGGAAGCAGGAUACACCUCGUGUUCAAAAGAGGAAAUGGAUACGUUCCUGACUACGACCGUGAUCACGUCACAGCCGUCUCCUCCUCACCCCAGGCCCUGCAGUCGGGUUUGGCUACAGUGAGCCGUCGCCGUGCUCAACAGGAUGCCACAUCCAGCGUUCAAAAACCAGGGAAGACCAACCGAGAGCGAAGAGAACAGAGGGACCGAGGAAGUGACGGAGGAGACCGCGAGAGCCCUGACAGUCUCGAGGGCGGCAGUCAGGGCAAGGGGCGAAGGUCAAAAGACGAAAGGAGGAGACGAAGGACACAGAGCUUGCCUAGGAACACAGGACAUAGUGAAGAAAACAUGGAGAGAAGGGUUGAAAGAAAUGGGAGAGAGAAGGAAAAAGGUAACGAGAGAAGGGAAGUCAGGUCAAGACGGAGCAAGAGCGAGGAGAGGGUGAAACGGGUGGAGAGAAAGAGGGAAAAAGACGAAAGCAAGAACACACAAACUAUCCAUAACAAGAGAUUUCCUGAGCCUAAACUGCAGUGGGAGGAAGACGAGGAGGAGGACGAGUGGGAAAGAGAAAAAGAACAAAAAUGGAUGAGAGAGAGAGAAAGGCUGAAAGACAAAGAAUGGGAGAGAGCUUCAGAGAGCGACCAGGAAUUGGAAAGAGAAUACGAGGCCAAUAAGGAAGUGCUUGAGUGGGAGCUAAACAAAAAAACUGAACGACGGAUUGCAGAGGAAUUGAACAUAGAGCAACAAAGUGAAAAUGGAGCAGAAACGAGUUUCCAUAAUCGUCUACCUUAUUUGGGCAUCCGUGUGCUGCCUUCGGAAAUUCAGCCCCGCCCACUUCAACCCGUUUCUGGCCUCUCAUUGGAGCAGCCAGUAGUAGACUCUGAAUUCAAUCAAACCCCAUUUGCUUUCCUCACAUCUGCUGUGCCCGACUAUGCAGAGUCUGAAUCGGGAGCUAGUGUGUCUGAGUGUAGCGCUUCUGCAGCCAGUAUCUCUGGUCUCUCAGCGUAUCUGAAUGAAAGCAUUACCUUUAAAAGAAACACACAAAGGGCCCCGGGGCCUCCCCUUCCAGGCCGUUGGCUAAAACCCAGCUCACAGAGGCUCAUUAGAGAGGUUAAGAAAGGUGGAGAAACAGAAACAUGAUUUACGUUGCAAAGGCAACCAUCACUAUUACUAUUGCUCAUACUUAAGUUUAAAGUCGCGAUAAAACAGAAGCAGCAGUGACAGUCUUUCGUAUUUGUGGCGUACAUCUGAUUGAAAUGGAUUUUCGAAGAAAAAAAUGUAGGAUAGGGACUUGGUAAAAUAUGUUGGUGGUUGAUUGGAUGGAGGCAAAUUUAAAUGUGAGUUUACAGCUGAUUGAAAGAAAGAGGCGGAGCUUAAGCAAACAAAAUCCACUAUGCGUCACUAGUAUCAGUCAGUAUUGACAAUGAACCUUUUUAAACCUCCAAAAUUCUAUUGAAAUUCUGCUAAUGUGACUGAGCCUUAAAGGAGAAGUCCACUUCCAGAACAACAAUUUACAAAUAAUUUACUCACCCCCUUGUCAUCCAAGAUGUUCAUGUCUUUCUGUCUUCAGUUGUGAAGAAAUUAUGGUUUUUGAGGAAAACAUUUCAGGAUUUUUCUCCAUAUAAUGGACUUCA